AAACAUGAAUGAGGCUGAGAAGUUUGCGAUCAACCGACUGCUGAAGGAUUUGGAGCGAGCCUUGCCUCUCACACAGUCAUUCCUCAGACAUUUCGUAGACAAAAACAUACUGAACCUUGACGAUAAGAAUAACAUCGUGAAACAAAACAAGCAGUAUGACCAGGUCCGGAAAUUCCUGACAUACAUUCAAAAGGUCCCUGGGGCUUUCCUGGACCUAGUGGAGAUCUUGAAAAAGGAUAGAAACUGUCAUUACAUUGCUUGCCAGCUCGUCGACAUCAAGAAAAAACGUGAACGUCACUUAUCAGAUCAAAGACAAAAGAAGCAGAAGAGACAACACAUGAAAGCUCGGGACAUGUUGUCACAUCAAAUCAGCAGUCGCUUAGCAAUGGUUGUCAACGGCACCAAAAUUCCAGGCAUUGAAGUUCUUCCAUUUGCUGUGCAAGUUAACGAACAUGGAAAAUUGAUAGACAUAUUAGAAUCUAUGAAAAAAGAUCUUGAAUAUCACGAAGGACCAAGUGAACAUCUCUCACUUCCACAGUUAUUUGAGAGAAAAUCACGUCUACUUGAGAAACGUGCCAAUGAGGAAGUACAGCGUACAGCAAAAGCUCAAAAAGAGGCUAUGGGAUACAAGACUAAAUGUGAAGAAUUGAAACAGGAAAAUGAUAGACAAAAGGUUGAACUUGCUAAGGAGAAGGAGAACAUGAAACUGUGGCAAAAUCGAAGUCGUGAGGAGGCCAAGGCAGAAAGUGAUGCAAGAAUUCAGAAAAUCAAGGAAGAAAAUACGAAAAAGCAGAAAAAGGAAAAAGAACAAUGGGAAGAGAUGAGAUCCAACCUCAGUCCCAAAGUCAGCAGGACUAUGCUGAAAACAGACCAUGCUCCAACGAAAGUUCAUUCGACUCCUCAAAUCAAUCAACAGCCUCUGAUAUUAACCUUCAGGGCAAAGGUACCGGUGAACAGAAACCAACUUAUGUCUUUGUGA